AAAAACGUUAUCAGGAACGCGGAAUUUUUGAAAAAAAUAAUAAUUUUGUGUACAGGCGACUUAAAAUAGCCAAUCCCUAUAAGAGUUAAACCAACCUUAAGAUGGAAGAAAAGCUGUAUGGAUCACUGCCUGUCCCCUCGGAAUAUCUUCAACAGUGGAUUCAGUCUGCCCAGCAGUUUCAAGCACUCCAAGCCCAAUACUCAGGUUUCAGUCCUCACCACCAGUCUCACUACCCAGAGGGACAGGCAGGCGAGAGGGUCAUGGCACACAUGACUGCCAAUCCAGAGCCAAUGAUGGAUCAGCAAGAGCCUGCCAACCUAGUGAAACCUCCAGCCAAAAAAAGAGGAAGACCAGUGCAACCUAAGGAACCACAGGCACCUAAACCACCAAAAAUCCCAAAAGCGCCAAAGGUGCCCAAGGACCCAAACGCACCCAAGGCCAAACCAGGGCCAAAGCCUAAAAAAGCCAAGGAGGGUGCGAUAGAUGGCAAGCAGGAGAAGAUAGAUGAGAGCUUCAAGAAGGUGAAGAGGAAAGUGGACCGCUUUAAGGGAAUGACUGAAGAGGAGGUUAUGACCAAAACACUUCCAGACUUGCUGGACUACAACCUGGACUAUGUCAUUAUUGGCAUCAAUCCAGGUUUGAUGGCAGCCUACAUUGGACGUUGGUUCCCCGGCCCUGGAAACCAUUUUUGGAAGUGUCUCUUCCUCUCUGGAUUCACUGAUGAGCAACUCAACCACAUGCACGACACCAUGCUUCCAGUAAAAUACAAGAUCGGCUUCACCAACAUGGUGGCCAGAGCAACACCAGGAAGCAAAGACCUCUCAAGUAAAGAGCUACGUGAAGGAGGCAAAAUUCUCACAGAAAAGUUGAAAAAAUACAAGCCUCUUAUUGCAGUUUUCAAUGGAAAAUGCAUUUAUGAAAUGUUCUGCAGGGAGAUGUUUGGCAAAAAACCAAAGCAACUUGAAUUUGGGUUGCAGCCGCACAAAAUACCAGACUGUGACGUGGCUCUAUAUCUGAUGCCUUCCUCCAGUGCCCGUUGUGCCCAGUUCCCCCGUGCCCAGGACAAAGUCCACUUCUACAUCAAAUUGAGGGAGCUGAGGGAUCAGCUCAAGGGAGUCAGAAGAAACAAUGAAAUCGAGGAAGUCAAUUAUUCCUUUGACCUGGGGUUGGCCAAGGAGGAUGCCAAGAGGAUGGCAAUAAAGGAGGAGCUGUAUGACCCUGGUUAUGAGGAUGCUUACGGAGGAGCAUAUAUUGAGGGAGGACCUGAGGGAGGCCAGCCACAGAGCCAGAGCAAUGGUCACUGUACAUUCUCGUCUGCCGAAAAUGCAGAAGUAGCAGAAAAGGCAACCACUUCACAAAUCAGCACUACCACAGAAGGCCAGCUGCCAGAUGGACAGUGGAUGACCCAGUCUUUUGCAGAUCAAAUCCCAGACAUUGGAGGUGGACCUACAGAAGCCAGUGCAUAAUGACAGUGGGCUUCAAAAUAGUCCUUUAUGGACAUGUAGAGACCUCAGCCACAAGUUAUAGAUUUUUUUCUUUUUAUUAGUAACUUAGUGAAAUAUACACGCAUAGAUGGAAUUGUGCAGAUUUUAAUGCUGCAGAAUAUUUUCUGCAAACUAUAAUCCUUUUUGGUCUUGUAUACAUGAACUGUAUGACUUCCUUUAUGGCAGUCUUUUUAAAUAUCUGAAAUCAGGGACGUGACAAUGAUGCUUGACUGCCCUUGGAUAAGGACAUGUAUUUAAACUUUUACUUUACUUUUGUACUAUACAGUACUGCACUGUAAUGCAGUGGGUGCAAAUGUUCAUGUCUACUGUUCUUGCAGUAACGCCUUCAUAUGGAACUUUGGUAACACUUUAUUUUAGGGGGUCAGAAAUUACCUAGUAAUUUCCUAGUAAUAAGGUGGUAGUUUUUACCGGUAAUUUUACAGCUAACCCUAACCCUCCCUAACCCAAAUUACAGGGUAAUUUCAACCAUAUGUGAAUUACGUGAUAAUUACCACCUCAUUACUAGGAAUCCAACCCCUCUGACCCCCUAAAGUAAAGUGUAACCGGAACUUUUUACAAGUCUAAAUGAUAAGAAAUGGUCUGGUGUGAUCCUGACUGCAUGGUGUGGCUAGGCAUAGGGUGCACUUAGUAUGCUGGUGUCAGUACAUUUUAUUUCUGCUUUAAACUGGUUAUAGAUGAUCACAACAGACGGACACUUCAUGGUUAUUUGUGAUUCCUUGGAAGAAAUUCCUGAAAAGCCUUUUAUCAUGAGGCACAAUACUCAAAUGGGUGCUAUCUUAUUUUUUUCUCUUUAGGAAUUUUAGAAUUUUUUUGUAUGUUUAUGAAAAUGUCAUUCAUAGGGAAGAUGAUGAAAUGUUUAUUUGUUCAUUAAAAUGUCCUGAAGAUGCUUUUCUACAGAAUAUCAUUUAAUGAAGUUUUACUUCGUUGCAGUUUAGAUUUUUUAUAGCAUUCGGUACACAAGUUCUUUGUGAGGAAUAAUCUUUUCAUAUUGUAAAGACUGAAGAGUGCAUUCAAAGAGCUGACAUCAAAUAUAGCCUCUUAUCUCACAUUCUUUUCUCACUGUAAAGCUACAAACUCAAAUUUGACGAAAGGGGAAAAAAAAGAUGGUCCCAGUAUACCUUGUUAUGGGGCUGAUGUGUCAUUACACUAAGCAUUUCAAGAAUAUCCAUCUACACAGUCUUUGAAUUUCUAGUAAAUUAUCUUUGGCAGUUUUUUUUCGUUCUUUUUUUUUAAAGCUGUGAGAACAGUGGAGAAAGACUGGAGGUAUACGUAGGAGGGGUCCUGAGCCAGAUUUGUGAUUGUUUCUAAAAUCACUUGUACAAUUGACUGGUUGACCUACCGGGAUG